AUCUCGAGCCCGCGGCGUCUCUGAAAAGAAGGCUGGGCGCGGUGCGGCGCGGUCCUGCUCUGCCUCACCUCAAGCCGACGACCCCACGUCUCUCCUCGGCUUGCUGGAAACUGUCCCCGGAGGGGACCCGCGGAGCUCCCGAGCCGCAGCUGGCGCGGCCGCCGCCGUGUCCUCCCGAUCCAUUCAUUGGAAGCCUGGUCUUCCCUCCCGAGUCCAGUGUCCCUUGCAUGCUGGCUGCAGCUUAGGGCGGCGGGCAGCGACAUGGAGAAGGGUUGCAGCGAGACCAACGGCUACCUCGACGGCACCCAGGCGGAGCCCGAAGCCCGGCCCGAGAUAGCGGCUGGCAGAGGGCGGCGCUGCGCGGACUUUUUUCGGCGCCAGGCGCUGGUGCUGCUCACUGUGUCCGGGGUGAUCGUGGGCGCCGGCAUGGGCGCGGCGCUGCGCGGGCUGCAGCUCACCCGCACUCAGGUCACCUACCUGGCCUUUCCCGGCGAGAUGCUUCUCCGCAUGCUGCGCAUGAUCAUCCUGCCGCUGGUGGUUUGCAGCCUGGUGUCGGGCGCCGCCUCCCUGGACGCCAGCUCCCUCGGGCGUCUGGGAGGCAUCGCGGUGGCUUACUUCGGCCUCACCACGCUGAGCGCCUCUGCGCUCGCCGUCGCUUUGGCGUUCAUCAUCAAGCCAGGGGCGGGCGCGCAGACCCUCCAGUCCAGCAGCCUGGGGUUGGAGGACUCGGGGUCUCCUCCGGUCUCCAAGGAGACGGUGGACUCUUUCCUCGACUUACUAAGAAACCUGUUUCCUUCCAAUCUUGUGGUUGCAGCGUUCUCUACGUCUGCAACCAACUACACGGUGGUGGCCCAUAACACCAGCUUGGGGAACGUGACCUACGAGAAGGUCCCCAUUGUCAUCAAUAUUGAGGGAAUGAACAUUUUAGGACUGGUCCUUUUUGCCCUGGUAUUGGGAGUAGCUCUAAAGAAGCUAGGCCCCGAGGGAGAAGAGCUCAUCCGGUUCUUCAAUUCCUUCAAUGAGGCGACGAUGGUGCUGGUGUCGUGGAUUAUGUGGUACGUACCCAUAGGCAUCACCUUCCUGAUUGGAAGCAAGAUUGUGGAAAUGAAGGAUAUCGUCACGCUUGUGACCGGCCUUGGGAAAUACAUCUUCGCAUCUAUCUUAGGCCAUGUCAUUCACGGAGGGAUUGUCCUGCCUCUUGUCUAUUUUGCUUUUACACGAAAAAACCCAUUCAAAUUCCUCCUGGGCCUCCUCACGCCAUUCACAACGGCCUUUGCUACGUGUUCCAGCUCGGCAACCCUUCCGUCUAUGAUGAAGUGCAUCGAAGAGAACAACGGCGUGGACAAGCGGAUCAGCAGGUUCAUCCUUCCCAUUGGGGCCACCGUGAACAUGGAUGGGGCAGCCAUCUUCCAGUGCGUGGCGGCAGUGUUCAUCGCCCAGCUCAACAAUGUGGACCUGAACGCAGGACAGAUUUUCACCAUUCUAGUGACUGCCACGGCAUCCAGUGUUGGAGCGGCAGGUGUGCCAGCUGGGGGAGUCCUCACCAUUGCCAUUAUCCUAGAGGCCAUUGGAUUGUCCACAGAUUACCUCUCUCUGAUCCUGGCUGUGGACUGGAUUGUGGACCGGACGACCACUGUGGUGAACGUGGAAGGGGAUGCCCUGGGGGCCGGCAUCCUCAACCACCUGAAUCAGAAGGCCCUGAAGAAGGGCGCGCAGGAGCUGCAGGAAGUGAAGGUGGAAGCCCUUCCCAAUUGCAAAUCUGAGGAGGAGACGUCGCCCCUGGUGACACACCAGAACCAGGCAGGCGCUGUGGCCGUCGCUCCAGAACUGGAAUCCAAGGAGUCGGUGCUGUGAUGGGGCUGGGUGUCGGGCCAGCCUCCUAGUUACCAGCAACCCACCCUGGUAGCCUACCGCAUCAUUUAGACAUGGGCGUGGCCCUCAGAGACUUUUCGUCUCCCAAGCAAUGCUCUGGCCCAGUCACCAAUUUGAGGUGAUCCCUCAGAACAGGCACUGGGCUCCUGGGCCAGGACUGAUGACUGAGGACAAAACACUCUGACAUUUGUCUUGACCUAAGUGGAGCUGUAGAUACAUCUUCAAUCUAUUUGGAAGCACCCCCACCCCUGAGCUGCCAGGCCUGGGGGGAUUCCAGGGUCUUGGAGGCCUGGGGGUAAAGGUCAGGGGAAUGCGGAUGUAUUCUUCGUUGUCCCCAGCUAACGCUGCGUCUGGUGCUUUCUGGGCAAACCAGAGCGGUUUAUAAUUGUCACUCACACUGUCUCAUCAACAGUAGGCAUUGAAGAAGCCCCCAGAUUCUUAGACUGGGCUGGAAUCUGAUGAGCCAGCACUCAUGUUAAGGAAUUGUACUCCACCUGUCUGGGUGACUUCCAAGGGACCGGAGGUGCUGCCCGGGUGUCAAGUAAGAUUUACUCCAGGUGGGGGUAAGCACAGCUGGGGUCCCAGCUUGAGCAAGCCCCUUCCAGUUCUGAGGUUGGGGAGAGAUGAGGGAGCAUCCUAAUUAGGACAAGACGGGAUUGUUCCCAUCCGAGACCCAAGGCACUCUUCUGCCUCCUUCCGAGGCUGGAGCCUCUGUCAGCACUUCCUGUCUGUUUCCAUUCUGAUUUGGCAACAGGCCCUAAGAUGUCUUUCUCUUGGGGGGCGGGGGCAGUCAUUGCAUUGCUGACCCAUAUUGACUGGUCAGUGUAUUACUACAGUUUGACUAGGUCCUCCCUAAAGCACUGCAGAGCAACGAAAUAAUAUACUCCCCCAAUGAACGCGUGCACUAACUGAGGGGGGGGGCUCUGUGCACAGGCCCUGGCUUCGGUUCCCAAAGUGUCUGGCCUGUGGUAAAUCUCCCGAGUCUGAUGCUACCUGCCUCUUACCUACUUCAUUGCGAUCUGGUAAGGCAAGCUGUAAAUCUGUGGAAACUACCAUUUUGCUUCUUGAAAGUCAAAUUCAGCCAGGCUGUGUGGCGCACGCCUUUAAUCCCAGAACUCGGGAGGCAGAGGCAGGAGGAUCUUUGUGAGUUCGAGACCAGCCUGGUCUACAAGAGUGAGUUCCAGGACAGCCUCCAAAACUACAGAGAAACCCUGUCUCGAAAAACAAACAAACAAACAAACAAAAAAGUCAAGUCAAAUAUCUGUAAGCGCCCAGUGUACCCAGGAGACAGCUUUCUCCGUGGAGGCUGCCUGCUGGUUGGUAGGAGUGGCUGUCCUGAACAGGACUGUGUUCUCAUCACACUUCAGAGCUUGCGUUCUGAAGAGUCGGGUGACAUUCCAUGCAGCCUCGUCCCUGGGGUGCUACCCACCCUCUACCCAUUGUGACAGUCCCACCUAUAACAGGAGACUGAGCCCCUGAGCCAUUGGUCCCCGUCCUCUUGCUUUCCCUGGUGUGUGUACUGCCCCACGUACUCGGGACAGGCCGUGAGGGGCUGGGGACGUUUCCAGGAGGAACAGAGCCCAAAGUGUGAAGGCUCAGCUCUUUAAACCAGCAGAGCCACUCCACUCUGCUGUGGGGCCAGCAGUGACCACAUACCAGGGAGAGAGUGGCCAGACCUUGUUGCCAACACUGUUUUUAAUGGGAUAUCAGUCCCACGGGCUGAUUACGAAUGAGCAUUUGGUAUUUUUUAAGUUUCAGUGAAUCUUUUCCUCAAGUAUUUACAUAUAUUUUAUGUAUGGGGUGUGUGUGUGUGUGUGUGUGUGUGUGUGUGUGUGUGUGUGUGUGUGUGUGUGUUUUAACUCCAAGCAAGUUUGAGUUUGGGUAAUAGAAAACUAAACUACAUAUUAUGUUGUUGACAUCCCGAUAUUCCUGUUUCUAAAGAACCUUAUUACGCAGGGAUUGGACCUGGACGGCGAACUGGUUAGACACUCGGGUCCCAAACUGGACCCUCAGUAAGUAGUGCUGCCAUGGUCUGGAGGAGGUUCUUCUUUGUGACCAACUUGCACCGUCCUCUUGGAGGACAAGAGGGGCCAGUGCCAUGCCUCCCUGAGCUCUGGCUCCGGGAGGAGUUGACGGAGUUGGGUAACGAGGAAGAUCCCACUGCAGCCGUCUGAAAUGUCUCCUUGCUGUCUUUCUAACAUUGUUCAUCUCUUGAUGUUUUGUGUAUGUGUGACACUUGCCUUAAAAUAUAGCACAGCCAUCAGAAGUGA